GGGCCCUGGUUUGAACCGCUUGCUGCUGGACCAGCGGGAGCUGAACGGCCGCGCAGCCCGGCUGCCGAUGAGCGACCGCCGGGCCGUUCACGUGGCCAAGGUGCUGCAGCUGCGGGACGGGGAGACACUGCGCUGCGGGGUGCUGGACGGGGGGUUCGAUGACAGCUGCAGCGUGAAAUGGUGCUGGGAGGAAGGUGAUUGGCGAGUGCCUGAGCAAAGGGCGCUUCGCCGACAGAGGUUGUCACCGGAGGAGCUGACCUCAGCUCUGGACCAGGCCGGGAUGGCACCACGCAAGCCCCGAUAA